AUGGCCUACACAUCUACAUUCUUAGUGUCAAACAUUCACUGCCCGUCGUGCGUUUCCUAUGUCCAGGAUAUACUACGCGGAAUAGGCGUCAUCCAAUCCGUUCAUGUUUCGUUGAUUGAUCACCUUAUUCGCGUCAAACACGUCGAAGACUCCACCCGAGAAAUCAUUGUCGGCGAGCUAAUCAAGGCAGCUUUUGAGGUCGAGCAUGUCACAACCUUCGACCCAAAUGGUGUCCGGAAUCACGACGUCGACAUUGCACCGAAACCGAUAUCCUCCCGAGCCUCGCGAUCCACAUGGAGUACAACUCGUGCCCAGCGCAAACACAUCGACAACUGUGACGCAUGCCAACGUGAGAAGGGUCGAAAAUCAAGAGCGAAAGUAAGCUGGUCUUCCCUGACUCGGAUGCGCCGGUCAAGCCCGAGCAGGAAACCCCAUACCAACAAGGCCACUGCUGUCUCGAACGAUACAUUGGUUGACGAGAAGCCUGUGACAAUUGACAUCGAUGGUUCAACCAACGAAAGCGCCAUCUCACGGUAUGCAGUCACCGUCUCAAUAGGUGGCGUAACCUGCGCAUCGUGCACAAGCACGAUCACUAAAGCUCUGGAUAAUCUAAGCUUUGUGGAAAAUGCCCAAAUCAAUCUUAUGACGAAUACUGCACGAGUAGUCUAUUCCGGGCCGAAGAGCAAUUCAGACAAGAUCGUUGCGGAAAUCGAAGACGUCGGCUAUGAGGCUGCGAUUGAGGAGAUUGAGCCUCAAGGAGAAGAGAAGCACAAACCGCAAGCUGAGGAUGACGACUACAGAGUCACUCUCAGUAUCGAAGGGAUGACUUGUGGAAGUUGCGUGGGUACUAUAACGAGAGGUUUGCGCGAGCUUCCGUUCAUCAAGGACAUCAACAUUGAUCUAGUGGGCAAUCGGGGCCUCAUAGCCUUCUCCGGCAAGAAAAAUCUGGAUACCUUACUCGAGAAGCUUGACGAUCUCGGCUACGAUGCUACGGUCGUCAAGCUCGAGGACAUCGCCAAGAAAGCCGCAGGCCCCAAGCAGGAGAGAACGGUCCAAUUGAAGGUUGACGGCAUGUACUGCGAUCACUGUCCUGACAACAUCAGGAGCGCCAUCCGGUCUUCUCUACCCCCCAGCCAGGACAGAGUCUAUACCAUAACUCAGCUUCCCUCGCUGGACGACCCAAUCAUCACCAUCACCUAUCGCCCUUCCAGUCAACUCAGUGUGCGGAGCUUUGUCACUGCCAUCGACGCAUCACAUGAAGUCUUGUCAGCGACCGUUUAUCACCCACCAACGCUAGAAGAGCGCUCUCGUCGACUGCAACGGAAAGAGAUGAGACACAUUCUUUGGCGACUGCUUUUCACCGGCAUAGUCGCUAUCCCUACCCUCGUCAUCGGGGUCGUCUACAUGAGUCUUGUGCCCAAGUCAAAUUCGACCAGGCAAUGGUGGGAACAGCCUAUCCUUGCCGGUCAAGUCAUGCGGAUGGAGUGGGCAUUAUUUUUCAUGACAACGCCAGUCAUGUUCUACGGCACGGAUUUGUUUCACGCCAGGGCGUACAAAGAGAUCAAGGCCAUGUGGAGACCGAGCAGCAAGACUCCAAUCAUACGUCGAUUUUACCGUUUCGGCAGUAUGAAUUUGUUGAUCAGUGCUGGUGCUGCCGUCGCAUACUUCUCGUCCUUGGCCGUCUUGAUCAUGGAUGCGACGGAUAGCUCACAUUUUAUGCGUCAAAGUCGUUCUUCUGACACUUACUUCGACACAGUAACGUUUCUUACCUUCUUCAUCCUCAUCGGUCGAUUUCUCGAAGCCUACAGCAAGACGAAAACUGGUGACGCGGUUGCAAUGCUCAGUAAAUUGCGGCCUUCGGAAGCAGUUCUUGUAGAAGACAAAAUCACCCGGACGAUCCCGGUGGAUCAAUUGGAGGCGGGCGACCUGGUCCAGAUCGCCCACGGGGUUUCACCACCGACUGAUGGCACCAUCGACCAGCAGGGAAUAUUUCUAUUCAAUGAAAGCUCCCUUACGGGCGAAUCUAAGCCUGUGAAGAAGAUAUUCGGCGACCAAGUCUACACAGGAUCCGUCAAUGUCUCGGAACCUGUUCGAAUCCGAGUGACUGAAGUCGGAGGCACUUCGAUGCUAGAUCGGAUUGUUAGUGUUGUCCGUGAAGGCCAAGCGAAGAGAGCUCCCAUCGAACGCAUUGCAGACAUGCUCACAGGCUACUUCGUGCCAGUGAUAACCCUCAUUGCCAUUAUUACCUGGGUUAUUUGGUUGGCCUUGGGCUUGUCAGGCACCUUACCGCGAGCAUGGCUUGAUCUGAAUCGUGGUGGCUGGGCUUUCUGGUCGCUCGAAUUUGCGAUUGCUGUCUUCGUUGUGGCUUGUCCUUGCGGGAUUGGUCUUGCCGCCCCAACUGCACUGUUUGUUGGCGGAGGUCUAGCUGCAAAAUAUGGCAUUCUGGUCCAAGGUGGUGGUGAAGCGUUCCAGGAAGCGUCCAAACUGAACGCUAUCGUUUUUGACAAGACCGGCACCCUCACUGAAGGUCAGAUGCGGGUCACUGACUUCGAACUGAUCGAAAACGGCCAGAGCAAUCCUUCGGCCAUUGACGAAAAUGUCAUCCUCGCCAUGGCUCGCAACUUGGAAGAGUCAAGUACUCAUCCCAUCGCAAAAGCAAUUGCAUCCUAUUGCGGCGAGAAAUCCUCAAAUGUGACGGUGCAGUCGAAGGAAAUCAAGGAGAUCCCAGGCCAAGGUUUGACUGGGAGAUUCUUGGUUCGAUAUGAUUCUACCAGCACAAGAUACGAAGCUGCACUCGGCAACGAAAUGCUUCUCCAACGCAUCGACUGUUCGGAUGGUGGAGAGGCCAAGCCAGUCCCAGUGAAGGACGUCACGAAGGUCGCAGUGCAGGACGACUUCUAUCUUAAUGCCAUUUUGCGAAAACAUCAGUCUCUGGGGCACUCGACUGCGAUCUUCGCUGUGCGACAGUCGUCAGAAGACCGUACAGAAGGCAAGGCACCGUCUAAUUACCGGGCUGCCGCUCUCUUUGCCAUCGCUGAUCCGAUCCGCCCUGAAACACCCAGCGUCCUUCAUUCCCUACGCGAUGCUGGCCUCGAUAUUCACAUGUGUACAGGCGACAAUCCAACCACGGCUCUUGCAAUUGCUUCACAACUGGGCAUUCCUGCCAGGAACGUUCGCGCCGGCGUCCUUCCACAAGAAAAAGCAGCCUACAUUCGCGAAUUGGAAGGGGUCUCACCUACGGGCGGCUCAUCUUUUACUGGUCGCAAAAUCAUCGCUUUCGUAGGUGACGGUACGAAUGACACCCCCGCACUCUCAGCCGCAGAUGUCUCCAUUGCACUGUCAUCGGGCUCGGAUGUGGCAAUCACCACAGCCUCAUUCAUCCUGCUCAACUCCGAUCUCAGUACUAUUCUGUCGCUCGUCCGUCUGGCCAACCGCGUCUUCCUUCGCGUCAAGCUGAACUUUGCUUGGGCGGCAGUCUACAACCUGUGUCUUGUCCCUGUUGCGGCUGGCGUGUUUUUCCCUAUUGGCGCGAGUGCCGACCAGGCUGGAUGGAGGCUGAGUCCUGUUUGGGCCAGUGUGGCUAUGGCGGCGAGUAGUGUUAGUGUGGUGAUGAGUAGUCUUGCUUUGCGGCUGCCUGAACUCGAGCUGAGGAGAUGGAGGUGGAAGAAAUAA